ACGGUCGCGCCUAUUGAAGCUGUAUUUGAAUGAGGCGAAAGUAACAACAGCCUAGUGCGGCAGUAUAACACAGCAGUAUUGGUGCGUUAUAAUGCAUAUUAGCUACAGUAAGUGAAGUAUGUAGCGCGGUUAGAAUGGCGAACGUAUUUGACCGGUUUGAAGUAACUUCAGAACCGGCUGCAAAUGUAUCCAGCUCGUCUUCAUCCAGUAACAGAAGUGUACGAGUGGCGCACAAUGUGAGGAAGAAGGGCGAGAGUAACCCGGUCCAGCAGGCGCUGCUCUAUCUCUCUCAGGUGCAGGAAGGCACUGUAGUAAGAGGCAACGAUGAGCUGGAGAAGAACUUGGUGGUGGCGGAGACCAUUGCACUCAGUCAAGGUCUCCCUCCAGAGGCCAUCUCAUCACUACUGGACUUGGCAUUAAGUCUCCGUGCAGGUAGUGUGACCUGUUUGCGGAUUCUGAAGUUUUUGAUACCUGCCUCAGCAGUCCCUCAGGACGCUAUUGUACGAGGAGUGUCAUGGCUAUGCAUGGGAAAACUACCAAUGAAUGCUCAGGUCCUUUUUUUUCGCUGGGUUCUCACUAUGUUUGACCUGAUUGACUGCAAAGACAAGCUAAGAGGCAUCUACGGGUUUAUUUUCAGUUUUGUGACUGAAGAAAAUCUGUGUCCCUUCAUCUGCCAUGUGUUGUACCUUUUAACGAUUAAAGAGCAUGUCCAGCCAUACAGAGUUAGAAAGUUGUUGGACAUUCAGGCUAAAAUGGGUAGACAACCGUUCCUCAUGCAGCUUCUUGCUUUAUACAAAGUGUUCCGUCCUGAGCUGGUGACUCUCUCUGUGCCAUCAAGAAUGAAAACUGGAUUUAAGAACUACAAUUCCACCUGGAAAGGCCCUCUGAGUGCCGUCCAGAGGAAGAACAAGGGGGAUGUGACGGAUGACCUUGGUCUUAAUGUGGAGAUAAAAGAGAAGUCUGGUUCAAGAAAAAGGAAACUGCAUCACCUGGAGAUACCCGGCCUGAGCUCGGCAUUUGACACCAACUCUGAGAGGAAAAAUUUCCGUUUACCAGAGCUGCGAUCCUUUACCCAACUGCUUGAGAACAUUCACAACAUAGAGCUCCCGGCACAAAUGGGCUCUCUGCUCGGAUCUUCUCUGGCUCUCCAUUACCUAGACUGUGUACAGGACGAGUCUGCCUUCCUGCGUCUCAAUUUCUGGCUGGGGCACUCGCUACAAGAGGAGUUUUUGCUGUGUCCUCCAGAUGGGGGAACCGACAGUAUUUCUGAGGCGUCUUCUUUCCUCAGUACCAUCCUCUUCUCACAGCAGUUCCUCCAGGAGGGGUUUUUCAGCACAGAAAGUUUCCUCUACAAGUUCCUGAGCGUGUGGGAUGGCUCACUGCUGCGAUCCCAGAUCUUGGAUCUGCUCAGCCACAUUCCCCUAAUGCCCAGCAACUAUAUCAAAAUGCUUCUCUUUGAACCACUGAUGCAGCUUUACUUUACAUCUAAUGUGUUCGUCAAGUGUAGUGUCAUUGAGUGUUUAAACAACAUGCUGACCAAGUGGCUGACCUGGCAUUCAGUCAACGCUCGGGAGGAGGACACUCCUUCUGGCAUUAGCAUCAACUGCAACAGCACAAUGACCAUGACCAAGUCUGGGAUUGUGGAUACAGUCACGGAGCUCAUACGCUUUGUGGGACGUCUAGCUACAGAGGGACUCAGACUGGAGAAUUGUCAUGUCUUACUUCUUAAUCAAACUCUUACCUUCUAUGAGACGGCUUGUGACAUGCUGGAGAAGUACAACUUGGCUCUGAUUAUCUUGCCCCCAACUGGUGUGUUUUAUCCAGCUCUUCUUGCCACAGACUCGGUUACUGUAGAUCGACUGGGCUACAUCAUGUACAGAUACCGGAAGAAUCUGACCCUGGCCAAAAAACAGGAGCAACAAAGUGAGAAACCCAUUCACAUCAGCAGAAGCACAUAUCAGGAGUUUAAUAAGCAACUAGUGGCCAUGGUGAGCUGUCUAUGGAACUCCAAGUCAUUCCUACCCGGCAUGGCCAUCGAAAUCGAUGAGCACCUGCUCAUCCAAAGCAAAGUGCCUGAUCACUGGAGCCGCUAUGACCUUGUUUACCAUCCUGCGUUUUUCAAGUAUGCCAUCGAGUUUCAUCAGAAGUGCUGGCCAGAGAGGAACUAUGUGGACCUCUCCUCUAUAAAGUCCGGAAGAUAUUGGACAUGGUAUGUGGAGUUUCUCUUCAGCCAGGGCUUUGAUGGGCUGAAAGAGUUCAUCCAGGUCAAUGCUGGCCAAAGCAGCUCAUCCAGCUCUGGUUAACUCUGAGUCAGGACUGAUGAUGGCCAGAGGACCGCGUGUUACCUGGAAACCUUCAGAGACACUGAUUUUGCUUUGUUUUUCAGUGCUUUUGUAUAUCAUUUGUAGUUUUUGAUAUUUAGAAGAAACGACAAAUGGAACUGUAAAUAAAAGUGUAUAUUAUUUCACCUCUGAAUUUGACUAGAGGUUUGCUUAGCUGACGUUUGGACAUUUUUACCCUGUCUUGCUUCUGUGUUGCACAUCUUUAAUAUAAGGUGUUUUUCAGCACCCAAAAGGUAUCUUGCAUCUUUGAUGGAGUGGAUGUACCAGUGGAUUGUUGUUUGUUUUAAUAUUAUAUGUAAACUAUAUAAGUCUUUGCGAGCUUUUAUAUAUUUACAGUUUUUGUUUAUGUACAGGUACAAGCUAAAUGUCUUUUUUCCUAUUGCCCAUCGAGCAAAUGCAUUUUUUUUUUCUUUUUACCUGUUAUAUUCCAUGCACACAGGUUUAGCAGCCCUUGCACUAUGUAGAUAAAUUGCUUUAAACCAGGAGCACUCAGUUAAUCAUUUCUUUCCCCAGUGUUUAGGCAAAAUAUUACAGGUUCAGGUUGGCAGAGUGUUAAUUGCAGGUUCCAGAAGAGAAUGAGUCCAGCAGAAUGUGUGUAAUUAAAACACAGCAUUAUCACUUUCUGCAAAGGGUGUUUAAACAUUGCUAUUGUACUUCAGUGCCACUGUACCAUCUGCCUAAUUGAGCCAUUAAAGCUUGUUUCAUCGAAA